GCUAAACAUCACAUGGGGUGUCCAAACUUUUCUUAUGAGGUUAAUUUCACGCCGUUUAGUGACAGUUUAACUUCUCUGGGAUGCGGUUAUUUGUAGUAAUUAGUUUAAUGUUGCGUUUGCGGCCCUCACAGGGGCAGUUUCCCCGGCUCUGUGCCACCAGGGAGGCCCUGCUCAGGAAAGAGUGCUGCCCGCCUUGGGAUGGGGACGGCUCGGCCUGCGGUGCCAGCUCCGGCCGGGGGUUCUGCAGGGACGUGGAAGUGUCGGAUCUACCUGACGGGCCCCAGUACCCCUUCUCCGGUUUGGAUGACAGGGAGAGGUGGCCCCUGGUUUUCUACAACCGGACCUGUGAGUGCGUGGGGAACUUCAUGGGCUUUAACUGUGCAGAUUGUAAGUUUGGGUACUUUGGGCUGAACUGUAAUGAGAGGAGGGAGUCUGUGCGCAGGAACAUCCUCCAUCUGUCCAGGGCGCAGAAGAUCCGCCUGGUGUCCUACCUGAACCUGGCCAAACACACCGUCAGUCAGGACUAUGUAGUGGCCACCGGGACCUACCGGGAGAUGCAGAACGGAUCCAACCCCAUGUUCGCCGACGCGUCCGUGUAUGAUGUGUUUGUGUGGAUUCAUUACUACGUGUCCCGGAACGCGCUCCUGGGGGGGCCCGGGAAUGUGUGGACCGACGUGGACUUCGCCCACUGGGCCCCGGCUUUUCUCCCGUGGCACCGACUGUACCUGCUGCACUGGGAACACGAGAUCAGGAAACUGACCGGAGACAUGAGCUUCACCAUCCCAUACUGGGACUGGAGGGAUGCCCGGGGGUGUGACGUGUGCACGGAUGAGCUGAUGGGGGACAGGAGCCCCCAGGACCCCAGCCUCCUCAGCCCAGGCUCCGUCUUCUCUUCUUGGAAGGUACUGUGCUCCCAAGCAGAGGACUACAACAACAGAGGAGUGCUAUGUGAUGCCAGGGAAGAAGGCCCAUUGCGUCGUAACCCUGGCAACCAUAACCGCAAUGUGGUUGAGCGACUACCAACAACCGCAGAGGUGGAGUUCACCCUCGGUUUAACCAACUAUGACACGGGAGCCAUGGACCGCACAGCCAACAUGAGCUUCAGGAACACUCUGGAAGGUUUUGGGGACCCUCGUACUGGGUUGGGAAACAGUUCUCGUAUGGGUAUGCACGCCGCUAUCCAUGUCUACAUGAACGGAUCCAUGUCCUCUGUCCAAGGCUCUGCAAACGACCCUAUAUUUCUGCUCCAUCACGCAUUCGUAGAUUGCAUUUAUGAGCAGUGGCUCAGGAGGUAUAGGCCUACACCAUCCCAGUAUCCAGAGUCAAAUGCACCCAUAGGGCAUAACAGUGAGUACCACAUGGUGCCCUUCCUGCCCCUGCAGAGGAACAGAGACUACUUCAUUUCCAGCAAAGACCUGGGAUAUGAGUAUUCCAAUCUGCUCGAUGCGAGUCAAAGGCUGGCAGAGUCUAUGCGUCCUAUUUUGGAUGAGAUGCAAGAUGUGUGGCCCUGGCUUCUGCUUGCAGCCCUGUGCGGAGGAAUUUUAGCGAUGGCUACAGCUGCAGUGAUUGUCACUGUAAAGCGGCGAAACAGGGGAUUCACUUGGCCUCACAUGAGGGGAUGGAGAAACUUAUUUACUCUGCCAGAGACCCAACCUCUUAUCUUUACCCACAACUCAGAGGAAUCCAAACACCCUAACUACCAAACUGCGAUGUGAGGGAAUACUUAACUCCACAUAGGAUCUUGUAUUAAGUUGUCAAAACACUGUGAAUUCAAUUCUGCUAACUUGUUACAAUCAUUCUUGAACAUCCCUGUUUAACUAUAUAUGCUGUUACAUGUUACACAAUUGUGUCUUUAUGAGUUUAUGAGGGUUUGUUCUGUUCCAUGUGGUUCAUUUUUCUGAAUAUACAACAUGUCUGUGUUCCAGUACUGUACUAACUCUUAAAGACCUAGAAAU